AGAGGGUUCAUUUUAUUAUCUCAUAAACAGAGAACAAACAAAUAAAAAUUAAAAAGAAAAAAAUUAAUCGAUCAAAUUAAAGCACAGAUCGAAAAAAUAUAAUGGCCGUCGCUGAGACGAAAUUGGUUGCAGUGUUUGUGGUAUGCAUGGUGGUCCUGUCCGCCGUGAACGACGGCGUUUCCAAGGCGGAAGCCGGCAGCGAGGCGCCAGCUGGCAGCCCGGCGGAAGCCGGCGGCGAAACCAAUCUGUACAAGGAUUGUUACGAGACGUGCAUGAAGAGCUGCACGAAAGACUGCAAGACGAAGUGUGACACUGAGUGCAAGGACACAGAGGCCAAACUGAAAAGCGUUGAAGGUUAGAUGAUGAUAGGCAUCUGAUCUGAGGUGAAUUGAAUAAUAAUGUAGUUAUUUAGUCGAAUAAAUUCUUCUUUUUUUUUAAAUUUUUUUAAAUUAUUAAUUACCUAUAUAUAUUGUACUGCAUGUAAUUGAAUGUUAUUCAUUCAUUAAUA